AUCUCCAACAUAGUAGCCGGCACCACUGGCGCUGCAUCUGGCCUCCUGUCCAUCCUUGGUCUGGGUCUGGCACCUUUCACAGCAGGGGCCAGUCUGGUACUCUCAGCUGUUGGAGCGGGGCUGGGAGCAGCAUCUGCUGUGGCCCAAGUGUCCACCAGCAUCGUGGAAUACUCAAACGAAUCAUCCGCAAAAGCCCAAGCCAGUCACCUGACAUCAACUGAUUUUGACAAAGGGAAGGUAGUUGCCAAGGUUCUGUGUGAUACCAUACCCCAAAUUAGUUCCUUAGCAGGUAAAAGCGUCCAAGCCCUGCAAAACAUUGCCAAGAAUGUUCGUGCCAUCAAGCUAGCCAAAGUCAAACCUCGCCUAGUAGUCAAUGCCAGGCGCUUCAUGACAGCUCAGAGAAUCUCAGCUCGAAGUGGCAGGCAGGUGCAGAAAGCUUUUGGAGGCACUGCUCUGGCAAUGACCAAAGGAGCCCGGAUCAUGAGUGGGGCCUUAUCAGGUCUCUUCCUUGCGAUGGAUGUGGCCAACCUUGUGAAAGACUCAGACCACUUGAAAAAUGGGGCAAAGGCCCCUUCAGCUGACGAGAUGAGGCAGCAGGCCCGGGAGCUGGAGAACAAGUUGGAGAAGCUCACCAAGAUCUGUGAAAGCCUGAAGGAGGACCCGAAUCCAUGACCCCUGAGCAGGGCAGGGAGCAGGGACAUGUGUGGGACAAAGACAUGGAGGUACCUUAUUAGAGGGGAAAAGAGGGCAAAAUAAAGAAUUCGGAUUCGGGUGUUGA